CAACACCGCAAUCGUCACCAACCGAAUCACAUCCCACAAACUGCAGAAUCUCCAUCGCUUCCGCCCGCCACAUCCUACCUACAUCAUGGACCAAGCAAAAGAUCUCCUCGAAAUGCCGCGCGAGUUCGUCAAGGACGGCCGCCAAUUUCUCACACGCUGCAGCAAGCCCGAUAAACGCGAAUUCCUGCGCAUCUCGCAAGCAGUGGGCAUGGGUUUCUUGAUCAUGGGUGUGAUAGGAUACAUCGUGAAGCUGAUUCAUAUUCCCGUGAACAACAUCUUGGUCGGAGGCGCAUAGGUGGAUAAGAAAGAGCCAGGAGAUGUGGUUACAAGUGCAGAGGAAGAGAGAGGGCUUGUAUGAAAGAGCAGUGACCGGCGCAGGCGAGUGAAGGAAGCGCCCAUCAACGCGGGCUGGAUAGGUCACUAUGCCAUCGAUACUCCGAAAGCCAUCACAGCGAGGCGUUCAGGAUGGACAGAUAUGAGGGACAGUUGCAUUCAAAAAGUCGACAGUACGUUGGAACGCAUGAACUGUGCUUCUCGAGCAUGGUGUGUAGAAAGUGCUCCAUGCUGCUGCCCUGCGCAGAUAGGAAGAAAUGGAAAGCCCCUGAGAAGGAGGUGUUGGCGCACCAGUCCGCUUUCCUGACAUUCAGCAGAUGCGGGUGGCGCAUACACGAUGACAGUGAGAUCAGGGAGCGUCAAUGUGAACCCGAUGUCCACAUCUUCUGAUUUCCAAGGACGGAAACCUCCAUGUUUCUAUGCGCAUCGGUGCCAUCUCAUGCGUUACCUAAGGCAUUGUGCACCUCAGGAGCGAUCAACGAUUGUAAUGCACCGCAAUUUUCUGGACGCUUGAAGCAGGUGGUUGUAUGUUGAGACUGGAUACUACUUUACCCCGAC